AUUGCAAACCCUGAUAUGACGACAAAGGUGAAACAGUUGGCUGAGCACCCUCUAGUGAGUCCAAAGGCAGAACCCCGCCCGGAGAAGAAGCCGGAGAACCUUACAAGGAGCCACGGGGAUGCUGGGCUCCACAAGGAGCCUAUGGUCCCAGGCAUUGUGGAUUUCGAGCUGAUUCAUGAGGAGUUGAAGACCUCGAAGCCCCAAACACCACAGCCAACACCCAGUGCCUACCGCUUCGGACGCCUCAGCCACCAUUCCUUUUUCGCAAGGCACCACCCCCAGCCACAGCGAGUGACUCAUAUCCAAGUUAUAGAAAGAGAGGACCUGGAGACCUCCCUGCCCCUCACCACCUCUUUCCAUCCCCCUGAAGCUCCUGGGGUCCAGCCCACGGAUCUCACUCCCUCUGCAGAUAUCGCUGGGAAGUCCGUCUGCAUGGUCAGGGACGAGUUCUCUCUGGCGGCCUUGUCUCAGUCCACAUUCUUAUCCCGCUGUCUUAUGGGGAUGCCCACCAUCUCUGUCCCCAUUGGGGACCCACAGGCCAAUCGGAACCCCCAGCUUUCUACUUCUGACAUCUGGAAGAAGAAUUUAAAGGACCUGGCUUCCCAAGUGACUGUCUUCACCAAGGAAAUGGAGGCAAAGACUGAUGAGCAGAAGGAAGAGCCUCCUCUGAGGGAUCCUCCUCCGAGAGAGCAGGGCGCCAAGUAUUCAGCUGAGACCGGUAGGCUUAUCCCGGCUUCCAGCCAAGCCCUCACCCGACGCAACCGCCAGGGCCAGCGGGGCCACCCUUCUGGCAAAGAUGGAGGAGUCCAAGCCUCCAUUCUACAGGACAAGGAGCUGCUGAUCUUGGAGCUUCUUUGUCAAAUUCUACAAACAGAUUCUCUGCGCGCUAUCCAGUUCUGGCUGCUGUACGCCCCACCAAAAGAAAAAGAUUUAGUUCUGGGGCUUCUGCAAACCGCGGUGGCUCAGCUCAUGCCUCAGCCCCUCCCCUCCAUCCCAGCAGAGAAGCUCUGGAAUCAUCUCCAAGAGCUUCAAGAGCCUCCUCAAGAGACACAACAAGCAACCUACAGUCCAUCCCUGAAGAAGACGAAGACACCACCUCUAUCCAAGACAGACAAACCAGAAUACAUAGGCAAAGCCCAAGUCCUCCUAGUACAUCCGAACGAGGACCCGGAGGAGAAGACGACCAAGCGGAGGGCGGAACGCUGAGGAACCCUGACUGGAGCACAGAGACUUCUGCCUAGCUCGAAGGCAGCUUCUCAGCGUGGAGAGGGGAGGGGCUGUGGCCCCCGCUACCUCAACUCCAGCCCCUGGCCUCCACCUGUACUCUACCAAAUAAAAUACUGCCCUCCCUCCCUGGGUGAGGGCAGUUCCACCCUC